AUGCAUUUCUUGGUGGUUUACAUCGCCGAAGCACAUGCUCGUGAUCAGUGGCCAGCUGGGAAGACCAUCUCCUGUGUAGAUCAACCAACAACGAUCGAACAACGACUUGUCAAUGCUCGAGAAUGUCAAAAGAAUUUACAAUUUGAAAUGCCUAUGCUCGUCGAUAAUAUGGACAAUACCUUCCAUCUCACAUAUGGAUCAUGGCCAUAUCGUUUUUAUGUUAUUUAUGAUGGCAAAUUAGCUUUGAAAGCAGAACCACACAAGGAUACAUUUAGCUAUCAUCUUAAUGAGCUCGAUCAAUGGAUUGAUAACUUCAAUCAAUCCCAUGCUCAUACACUCGCUUAA